UUAAAAAAUGCAAGCUAUAAAGUGUGACCAGUAAAAGUAAUUUUCCUUUUGUAUCGAUACUUGCAAGCCAUAAAUCGAUUUUAUCAAGCUUAUACGAGAGCAGUAAAUUUGGUCAGUUUGUACUCAUUUUAAUUGUAAAUAAACAUGGAAGAACUCUGCAGAGUUUGCAUGAGUAGCACUGAACCCCUUGAGGAAAUAUUUUCCAAGUGCCAGCUGCCAAUGGAGGAACCCAGCCUGGCGGAAAUGCUAACCGAGUGCGUCGACUGUGAGAUCAGCCCAAAUGAUCCAUUGCCCAAAAUGAUUUGCCAUUCCUGUAUUUCCGACUCUAAUUGAAGGGCCCCAAAAUGGAGGAGCAGCUGAGCCAAACAGAUAUAGUGCAAGAAGACACAGAUGCUAGUCAAGGCAACUAUCCUUUGUUCAAGGAGCAAAUGAGCAACCUGACUGAAGAACCUCCCGUCCCUCACAGCUGCCUAGUUGCCCAAGGCGAGUUAAGGGAACAAGCUACGGACCACACGCAGAUUGGUAACGAUAAAAAUACGCACGAGUGUAUGCAAUGCUGGAAGACCUUUGAUGAGAAAGGCACCCUUAAUAAGCAUAUGCGUACUCAUAGGAACGAGUGUCCUCACUGCCUGCAGGUCUUUAGCACUCGUUCAAAUCUUCGGAGGCAUAUCCGCAUUCAUACAGGCGAACGUCCCUACAAGUGUUCCUACUGCCCGAUGGCCUUCACAGAUCAUUCAGAUGCUCAGAAGCAUAUACGCAGUCAUACGGGUGAACGUCCAUUCAAGUGUCCGCACUGCCCGAUGGACUUUAUGCAGAAGCCCCAUCUCAAUAACCACAUCAAGCGUCACUCUUCCAAAGAAUAUCAUAGCUGUCAGCACUGCUCGAUGAUUUUUAAAACUGUUCUCAAAAAUCACAUAUGCAAAGAGACUCUCAUUGGCUAAGAGAAAUCUGUGUAGAGCAUAGUACCAUUAUCUCAUUAUAUAAAUGUAUGUAUAUAUAGACUUAACGGAUAUAUAUAUAAAUCAACUUAUAUAUUAACUUAA